AUGUUGUGUUUUACAGGUGCCGGAUUGAAAAAUUUGUUCGCUGAAAACGGUAAGUGUUUGUUUGUUCAAAAACUAACGCAGUCUAUAACACAAAAAUCCUUUUAGAUUGUAUUGAGCUCGGUGUCAAGCGAUUCAACUUUGACGAUGUUUCCAACAAACAGCGACUCAACCAAUUCAUCGAGACUUUCCUCCAUCAAACAGAAAUUCGAACACUCUGUCAAACAAUUCAAGUUCAGCGAUUGCCUCGAUAUCCACCUAUUCACACACUCUGCAAAAUGAUGCACCAAAAUCGCUUGAGGAUUCGAUAAUGGAGGAAACAAGAAAACCGUGCACAGAUGCGUUUUAUGAGGAAAUGGCGAAACUUGUUGGGAAAAGAAAAAACAAUAUCACUGUUAUUGAAAGAGUGAGUUGAAAUAUAACAUUAAAAAUCCCUGGUUCAGAACAGGUCUUUGCUUUUUUCUCUCAAGAAAAAAGCAAAGACAAUUUUUCAAAGCAUUUUAUUGAAGAAAAAACAUUAUUUUCAUUAUCAAAUCAAUCAAUCAAUUUCAGUUCCAGCUCAUCGAUCAGGCAAAGGAAAGAGUCUUGUUGGAGAACCCAACAUUCGACUUUUUGACUGCCGAGUUGAAGGAAAUCAAAAUGGUUUUUGGUCCACGAGUUGUUGAAGUAAGUGAAAAUUAUAGAGAAAUACAUUUCAUGAUUUCAAUCGAGAAAUACAUUUCAUGAUUCAGAUCCUCCAUAUCGGAUGUAUAAAAAUCAAUGAACAUCAAAAUUUCAAAGAUGCAUUGUUGGAAGUUGCCGAAACAAAAUCGCUGUCACUUAAGCAGCUGGACAAGCUGGAUGUAUUAUUCCGAAAUGACGAAGAUUCAGCAUUUCGUGAGCUGAAGAAUUUUCAAGAAAACAAAACCAAAAUUACGGUAACUUCCCAAUCAAAAAAACCUGUGCAAAAAAGUACUUGACAAUUUCAGGAUGUGACUGUUGAUAGAACAAUGGCAUCGCGAGGAAUAUCGCAAUCUGUUUAUGAAAAUAUCAAAGAUGAGUAUCCUCUUCUCGACUGGCAACGUUUUCUAAAGUGAGUUGAUUCUUUUUUUUUCAAUCAAUAAAAAAUCGUCUUACAGUGAGGAAAAAAGCAACCCUGGAGGAAAAUUGCAAGCGGACACGGUCCGCAAACAUAUCAAGGCAUUUUUGAAGAAAGAAGAAAGAAAAAAGAAAGAAGCAGUCGAAAAAGAAAACGGCAAAAACGAAGCCUAG